UAUUUCAAAAAGCUAGAGUACUCCAUUAAAGAUGAUCCAAAAUCCCAUAUACAUAAUUCCUUUCCUCACCAAAAAAUUCAAUUACAUAUUUCACUAUAAAUAGAAACCCAACCCAGUUCUAAAUUAAAACACAAUCCCCAUAUACCAAGAAAACAAAUGUCUCAAUCUCCUUCCUUAAACAUGUCAUUGUUUUCCCUAUUCUUUCUCUCACUCUUUCUUUCCCAUUCUCAAGCUCAAGUUCCUUCCACUGCCACCUUCAAGUUUAUCAAUGAAGGAGAAUUUGGACCUCUAAUUGUCGAAUACAAUGCAAACUACAGAGUUAUUGACGUUUUCAAUUCGCCUUUCCAACUAUGUUUCUACAACACCACCCCAAAUGCCUUCACUCUCGCCCUUCGAAUGGCUACCACACGUUCUGAGUCACUUUUCCGGUGGGUUUGGGAGGCCAACCGGAGCAACCCUGUCAAAGAAAAGGCAACCUUCACUUUCACAGUCGAUGGAAACCUUGUCUUGGCCGAUUCCGAUGGCCGAGUCGCUUGGCAAACCAACACUGCCAACAGAGGUGUGGUGGGCUUUAAGUUGCUUCCAAAUGGAAACAUGGUUCUUCAUGACUCAAAGGGUAACUCUGUUUGGCAAAGUUUCGAACACCCAACAGACACUCUGUUAGUGGGUCAGUCUCUGAAAGUUGGGGGUGUGACUAAACUUGUGAGCAGGCUAUCCGAGAAGGAGAACUUCAAUGGACCUUAUAGCUUGGUAAUGGGGCCUAGAGGAGUUGACCUAUACUACAAGAGCAAGAACUCUGCUAAGCCACUUCUCUACUUCUCAUUAUCCAAAAGGUUUAGUAUUUUCCAAAAUGGUCCUCUAGAGUUUGUGACAUUGAAAAAUGACCCAGAAACCGUUGAGGGUUUUGCUUUUGACAUAACAUUAGAGUACCAAGCGGCCAAUACUUCAUUAGGAAGAAAUCUCGUACUGGGCAGACCAAAAUACAAUAGCACAUUGUCAUUUCUUAGGCUUGGAAUAGAUGGGAAUGUUAAGAUUUACACUUACUAUGAAAAGGUUGAUUGGGGUGCAUGGGAGGUCACAUUCAGUCUCUUUGAUAGAGAUUCAACAUGGGAAAAUGAGUGCCAAUUGCCUGAUCGAUGUGGGAACUUUGGUCUCUGUGAGGAUAACCAAUGUGUGGCAUGCCCUUUGGCAAAUGGACUAAUGGGUUGGAGCAAGAAUUGUCAGCCUGAGAAGCUUAGCUCUUGUAGGGAAAGUAAUUUCCAUUACUAUAAAGUAGAAGGGGUUGAUCAUUUCUUGAGCAAGGACACCAGAGGAGUUGCUGUGAAGGAGAGUGAUUGUAGGAAAAAUUGUUCUAAGGACUGCAAGUGUUUGGGCUACUUCUACAAUCAGCAAACUUCAAGGUGUUGGAUUGCUUACGAGUUGAAAACUCUGAAAAAAGUUGCAAAGCCUACCCAUGUUGGUUACAUUAAAGCACCUAACCAUUAAUAUGGUUCUGCAAGAUAUAAUCACUUUUAUUAAUUUGAGUUUCAUUUUUAAUGUUAGUUUGCCAUCAGUAAGGCCUAAUUAGUAACGAACUUGUUUCAAUUUCUCUUAAUUAUGUUUGUCUUUGGUUAAUAGAAAUGGAAAUAAAUAUUUUGUCUUGAUUCUCCAUAUAAAUGACCUUGAUU